AAGGAGCAUUGUGUGUAUUUUUAGGCUGUUGUGGUGCAUUUUAACACAAUAAAAGAGCCUACAGACACAUUUUGAGUGUAUGGGAUUGAUUUAAUAAUAUAAUUCAGGUGUCACAGCGACACUAUGACCCCUAUACCCAGCCAGAAGUACCCGCCCUGACUGUGAGAUAAGCUUUUUCCUUUAGUUUCGGUUUUGUCUUCGGGCUUUCCACCGCGGUGGUCUUGUGGCUCCAGCUCCGAGCUUCCUCAUCCGCCAUCCGCAGCAGCAACGGGACCGUCUCCGUGUCUCUUCCGUGAUUCUUCCUUUCUGCUGCUGCCGUGUGUGUGUGUGUGACACUACAGCAUGCGUUGAACUUUGGUCUGAUACAUGUUGUUGUUGUAGGACUGCGGAAGCCUGAGCCCGAGCUGCCUCUGUGGAUCCGUAGAGCAGCUGGAAACGAAACUUUGACGGCGCACGGCGAUCGAGCUCACUAUGUGCAACACUUUGCCGCCGAUUUAAGAAUAAGGGAUGGACAGUGACAAAGCUGAUGGAGGAGGAGGCGGAGAGGUGGAGGAUGAAUUUGCGUGUGACGGGAUGCUGCGUGGCUAUCUGACCUCCCUGCACGGCACCGUGGAGCGGAUAUUCAGGGUGGCGUUUGGCAUCGGGGCGGACGACAUGUCUCCUGGCAACAACGGGCAGAUAUGGCUGAAACUCCGAGGGCAGAGCAACAAUGUGAAAGCCGCCAAAUUAUUUGUGAAAGGACUUGUGAACCAGGAGGAGCAGCAGGAAGUUUCUUAUCCCGGGGUUCUUCACUGCAUCUUCUGUGGAGCCAGAGGGCUGUUCAUGGACUGCCUGACAAAAAACACCUCGGCACAUAUAGUGGUUGGCUCUCCUGGAUUCCUGCUUAUAUCGGGUCUUGCGGAGCCGGUGGUGCGAGCCUACUCCCUCAUUACAGACCUGGUGGACCGAUAUGAGGGCACACAAUCCAGACGCUCAGAGUUUGGAGACAGAGGUCCUGGCGAGUCUCUGGAAUCACGCCGGGCAUUCAAAACUCUAGUGGAGAAAUGGGAGGACAAGCACAUCUUGGAUCUUCUGGUGCUGCCAGGGUCAGUGAAGGAAAUCCUGCUGGAUUUGGUGAAAGAAUCAGGGCUUGGAUCAAGCCCCAUCCCGGCACUGACAGAUGGAAAUGCAGGAGUAAGAUCUCUUGAGGGUUCGGAGGGUAGAUGGGACAAACCAUCCACCAUUACGUACACACUCCCCGAGCCUUCCAGGACUACUGAUCGGUGGGUUGAAGGGAUGACUGCAAGUUUGGGGAAAGACUCCGCAGCCAAGGACUCCUUAUUUGAGUUUUUAUCCAUGUCAACUGGCACCCGAGGGAGGGCAGAGGGGGCAGAGCAAAGACUUGUGCAUUCUCCACAGGAGAUGGGAGAAGAGGAGCAGCUGGAGCCAGCAGCAACAUUGGGUACCAAAGCAAAAGGGGCACAAGGGGAGGAAGAAGAGGAGCUACAGAUGACAGUAGGAAACAAGGAGUUCUGGCUUCUUUUGAAGUUCUUCACAGCCAUGGGGUACACAGAGGACGUGGUGAAACGAGUCCUUGCUCGAACAGGACCUAAAGAGGCCUCGCAGAUACUGGAUGUGGUUCAACAGGAGCAGGAUCGCAGUGACCGGGAGCAGACACAGAAAAAUCAAGACGGUGUUGCCUUGAACCAAAGUGAGAGGAACCGACCUUGCGAGACGGAGCACAGAGAAGACGACGAAAUGGAAGUAGGAGGAGAUGAGGUGAUGCGUAGUAAUGGAGAGGUGGGAGAUGCUUGUGAGGGAGCAACAGGAAGCACGAGACACUUAAAGGAAAAAGGUAUUACAGAAGAAAAAGAGGAAGGGCAGGAGGAAGACUUUGUCCUGGGAGUGGUAAAGAAAGCGGCAGCCAGCUGUGGGUACAUGGAGCAGAAAGUGGCCAAAGUCUACAACAUGUUGCCUGAUGGAUCCACUCACCAGCUGCUCCUGGAGCUGCAGAGAGAGGGGAGCAAAGACACAGACGCCUUCAGGGAGGGACCGAGAGAGAUGGAUGAUGUGGUGCUGGAGAAAGAGUGGCCAAGAGUUGGACCAUCAGAGGACAAAGCAAGAAAAAAUGAGCUUUUCGUACCUGCAGAAAAGAGAAAAUCUGACGAUAAAGGACGAGUAGAAGUUCCAAACCUUACUGCACCUGAGUUAAAUAAAUACCAUAAACUCACACACUCACAAACUCCACACCAAGUCAUCCUCCCGGAAGUCAAAGGGCCACCCAUGUCUGUUUAUCCCUCAUCCCAUGAUCCUCCACUCCAUUUCCAAUCCAACAAACAAUAUGACCAAACCACGCACUGGCUUAAUCCAUCCAUGUCAAAACUAAAUCAUCAAACCCAUGACAAUGUCUUGAACCCAAAGUCUUCUAACUCCUUAAAACAAGUGCUUCAAGCCCCUCAACCCCCCAUCUUCAGGGGGAACGACUCAUCUCCCACCCGAGCUAGAGAAAGACAGGGCUUCAUAGCCCCGUCUUCAGUGGUGGUGACAGGGGAGCAGCGUUUCCUGGAGGGCCUCCAGAUGCCCUUCGACCUUCAGCUAACAGACAAACCAGGCGACCCGAAACUGAGGACGAUCAUUAUUGACGGGAGCAAUGUGGCCAUGAGUCACGGGUUGGGUCACUUCUUCUCCUGUCGAGGAAUCGCUUUGGCUGUCCAGCACUUUUGGGACCGAGGCCAUCGUCACAUCAGCUGCCUCCUGCCGCAGUGGAGACAGAAGAGCGACCCCAGGAUCAAAGAGCAGCACUAUCUGACAGAGCUGCAGAAGCUGGGCCUGCUCUCCUACACGCCCUCCAGAGAGGUCCAGGGCAAGAGGAUCAGCUCGUACGAUGACAGAUUUAUGCUGCAGCUCGCUCAGAAGACAGACGGAGUCAUCGUAACUAAUGACAACCUGAGAGACCUUUCAGAUGAGUCACCUGUAUGGAGGGACAUCAUCAAAAAGAGACUUCUUCAGUACACGUUUGUCGGGGAUCACUUUAUGGUGCCGGACGACCCUCUGGGCAGAGGAGGACCACACCUGGACGACUUCCUACGCUCAGAGCACAAGACUCCUGACCCAGGAAACCACUCUUUUGCCUGUGUUGCCACCACGUUCCCUUCCUCCAAACCUCCGCGCUCCCAAACGGAGGUCCUGAACUUCCGCGACCGAACACUAGGUGGAGCUCUGAAUACAACAGCAGGCGGAGGGAGCCGGGGCAAACGGAGAGGACAUGGAAAGGCAUGGGACAUGGGACACCAGCAGUGGGAGCUUGGAGCUUCGGGACCGGGGUUCAGGGCAGACAGGAGCCCGGAGGAAACGGCCAGCCUGAGAGAGCAGCUCUGUCAGGUUUUUCCGGGUCAGGACAACAUGGUUGCCCUGGUGCUGCAGUGCCACCCGGCAGAGACGGACAUAAAUGUGCUGUCUGAUCGGAUGCUGGAGCAAUAGAGCAAGACAUCUUAAGCGUUUUCCCCAGGUUAAUUCAGACUUUUUUUUACCCUGAAUUAUUCCCUGGUUUGACUACAAUAAAAAUUAUUAAUUUGCAGUUGUAAAGAUUUUAUGAAAAGACGAACUUUCUGUUGACAAUCAAACACAUAUAAUUCAACUAUGAUGUUCUACAUGUGAAUACAGGUUCUUGGUCUGGUGUAUUCUCUCCCAUGUCUGCUGUUUGACUGUCACCCGUCAAAUAAUUGUAAAAAUAUUAUAGAUUGGAGUUAGCUUUACCCAUACAUGACAAUUAUAACCUUUCCCCAGUCCACUGUUGUUUGUAUAGUUUUAUAUCCUGAGCGAAAAUGUCCAUAUAAAUAUAAGUUUUAUUCAGCAGAGCAGCUAAUGACGCUAACCUGGUUAGCUCUGUCCCUUUGUAAUUUGUUAAGAAAAGUAGAUUAAAACCUAUCAAGCAGGGUUGGACUAGUUCUCCCUACAGCAACAUAGUGUAACCACAUUAUGUAAAUUCAGCUUCCUUGUUGUCGGAGCUGGGACAAGACCAGCUUUGUCAAAUUUUCCAGUAGCAGCCGCUUUUUGAACACUUUUGUCUGCCCUUUCCAAAGCGAUCUAGCCUCCUCCUUAUCUUCCAGGGGCCUCAACUCAUCCUCCCAUCUACCUCUCCUCCAUCUUUGCUUCCUUCUCUGUUAUCGUCCUGUGUUCAUCCUGUUUAGGUGAAACUGGGAAAUAAAUUAGGCUGGAAAAGGAAAGGUGGAUAGAGAUUGUAGAAGUUGCUACCCUUAAGCAAAGGGGAUAUUUGGUGCAAGAGAAACUACAUUGAAUUAGCCACAGUUAGCAAUAAUGUGCAGACAACAUGAUCAGACACCUUUCUUCCACUGAAUCAGUUGUUCACUGGAGAUCAUGUUGAUAACCCACCUUCUAAUUAGGGAUACUUACCCCUGUAGGGAUUUUACUUUCAGUCUUCAAAUGGAUUUAUAUGCCUUUCAUGAUGGACUUUUAUGGAUGACAAUGGGGUUGUUUGGUCAGCUCAAUGCUUCAGUCCAGACAGAAAUAUCUCAAUGACUAUUUGAUAUACUGGCACAAAAUUUCAUACAGACAUUCAUGUUCCCCAGAGGAUGACUGGUAAUGACUUCUCACAUUAUGUGGGUCAUUAAAAAAGAAAUUGUUGACAAAUGAGACAAGUUUGUUUUAGCUAAAUAGUAUUUAACUUCCCACUGCUCUUGAAAGCGGCAACCCUCGGCAACUUUAUGCUUCCCUGCUUGUUUACAGUCUGUUUAUGGAUACACAUUAGUUCCGCCUGCAUAGUUCCUGGUUGGUACAAACUUUAUGAAUGUCCUGCCAUUGUAAGGUGAACAGAGAAAUUUGAACUUGAUUGUGUCUUAGAUCACAAAGUACAUUUUGAAAGACACGCCAUGGGCCGUCUGAAAUCAGUCCGUGGGCCAUGAUUAGCUCCCAGGCCUGAUUUUAGCCAUGCUUAACUUUGAUGACACCCUCCCCAUGACGUUUCCACCAACUGCAGCCGUACUCGGUGUCUAAUUAGCAAAUGCUAGCAUGCUAACUGACCAAACUAGCAUAUGAAACUUGCUAACCUUGAGCAUGUUUGCAUGUCAUCGUGCUGAUUUGAGCAUUUAGCAUGAGUAUAGCUUCACAGAGUUCCUAGCAUGGCUGUAUAUUCUUGUUUAAUGUCUUAAAAACAUGAGCAAUGUGUAGUGACACCUAUCAAACGUCCUCCUCAGGUGACGUGUCAGUUAGUCGUAAGUUGACUUGGGAAAGAAUCAAAUGUGUGUAAGGUGCCAUUUUUAGGAAAGGGUUGCUAUCUGUGAGAAACAUCCUUUUUAAAACAAGAGCAAUAUAAAAAUGUCAACUUCUGUCUGUUAUUCUGAAUUUACUGUAACCUUCUAUACCUGUUAUUGUACUUGUUAAAAUUUUAUAGCUUCCUGUUUGUACAAAGGAAAACAAAUAUUGCAGACGAGAAGGUGUGAGAGGCACGUGGGUAAUACUGACUAUAGUUGUGAUUAGUUGUUGUAUCACCAGCUGUGGGGAUUGAUGUCAUUUUGCAAUGCCAGAAUAAUACUAAACCAAUCCUUUGAAUAUUCUGUAAACUUAAUUUGUAAAAUGUAUAUUUUUUAACUUAUUUUAAGCAGGCGUGAGUGUGCCUGUGUGAGGAAACUGUGCUUCAGGAGGGGAGAUCGAACCAAAAGAUGAUAGCAAGUGAUUUUUUUCAUCCAUCUUUGACACAGCUCACAGAUUCUGAGAUAUAACCAUUGUAUUUGUUUUGUUUAUAUGUAUGUUUGUAUGUACAUUUUAACAGCUGAAUGCUGAGUUCUGCCCAUGUUUCUGCAUUAAAUAUUUCUUUAUUAAAAGGAUUCAAAUAAAUCUAAGUUACUGUACUUUUUCAAGUGUU